AUGGCAAGACAUUCAAAAGUUUGUGGUGGUAAAGGUAAUAGAAACAUGUUUAUUGGACGGGAUCCUAAAAUUUGCGCCGCUGGACUGCCAUAUUUAGACCAUGAAUCAGUUUCUAGCAUCCUUCCAUGCUAUUUACUGCAAGAUCAUGUGAAUUCUCUCCUAAAUGAUACCAUUCAACUCGCUCAGCAGAACAAAUUACCACAAAUCAAAACACCAAAACGAGACAUGAGAAACGCAAGUAUCUUCUCAGAAGGAACUGAUCUCAUUAAUCCACCCAUGAAAACAAAGUUUCAAAACCUCGUUGAAGACUUCAAAAAUACUUUGUACACGUCGUACUGGAAAAAAGAAGUCGGUAAAGUACCGGAUCCAAAACCAAAUUUACCAAAUGGCCUAAAUGUUUACGCAACUACUAUGGGCAAAAAGAAUCCACCGUGUCCCAGGGCUUAUGACGUCAUAUUACCUAAGUAUCCUAUUAAAGGACAGGUCCCUCAUUCGAAGAGAUGUAGUUACCAAUCAACUCGCAACUAUUGUUCCUUUGAUGCAAAUCAAACUUUUGGAAUGAAAACAAAAGCCGGAUCUUCCAGUAAACAAGUAAAAUGUUGCUUGACUGACGAUCGAAUCAGGCCUGGAAACAUUUCAAAGAAACCAAUGUCUACGAUACAAGGUCAGUUUAUUGAAAGAACUACUCCGAAAUUGGGUGUAACAUUGGAUCCUAAUAAUAAUAUUGAUUGCGUACCAGAAGGCUUCGCAUUUGGAAAAAUAGAACCUCCAGGUACCUUCGGAGUACCCGAUUGCUUAUCCAGUUGCAAAAUAAGCGCUGAGAAAAGUCAGUUAAAAAAAUGUUUAGAACAUUUGAAUACCUUGCGUAAGUGUAUGUCAAAACGAUACGAGGGAUCAUUUUUUCCUACUUUCUUCCUUAGGUUAAAAUACUUGGAUGUCCAGCAUACGGGCUGGUUGCCAAAAGAAGUUGUUUAUAAGUGCUGCACGGACAAGUACAUACGUUUCAAUCCGGCUCUACUCGAGCCCUUGCUAUCAAUGUGGAAGAUAUUUGACGGCUCCCAAAUUGAAUAUAGGACUUUUGUACAACACGUUUUGAAUUAUCGAGAGCCGAUUCCGGAACUUCCAAAAAUUAAGGAUAUUUCAGACGAAUGCCUAGACUUUCGUACGACGUAUUCAGAGAUGUGUAAUUAUAGGGUGGAAUCGGUGCCUAAAUAUAUGGCUGGUCUGCCAUCUGGUAGAUACUUUGAUAAGGAUUAUCCAGUUACUCCUAGUGGUUGCUGUCGAGCUGAUAGGGUAUACCUCCCCCAUGAAUCGGAUGCCAGAUCGUGUUUGUGCCCUAGUCUCCUCACUCUACUUGGGGUAAGUCAUCGAGACAUGUAUGCGAAACGAGACCCUGGAACUGUCAGGAAGAUCUUUGAAAACGCCGGAGAAGAGUUUACAGAUCAGUCUUUUGAAUCCCUCUGGAAGAGAGCCAAGAAGUACCACUCUCAAGGAUGGGUGUGCUUUGAAACUUUUCGUCGUGCAUUAGAAGAAAGAAAAUAG